AUGGAUGGGCGGCGGCAUUCAGUUGAUGCACCCAUAUCAAGAGCGCUGGUGGCGCUUCGGAGAGUAAGGUCCCUUCGGGAUCCAUCAACUAACUCGAUGAGCAAAUUUUCUGCCAUGGUUGAUAAUUUGAAUUGGGAAACAAAUUCAAGCAAUGCUAUCACUCUAGGAUUUAAAAAUGGUUGCACAGGGGAUGUCCCGAAUUGUAAUGAUGUUUUGUGUUUGGAUGAGUCGAGGUUGUGUAGGGAAAAGGAACUAAAUGUGAGCGACCAUGAAUUAUACUAUAGCACUUCAAGGAAAUCAUCUUCAAGGCCAAUUGCCUGUGAAAAGUUGAGAGAUUCGAUUGGAAAUAUAGGUUCUAGUGCACGUUUGUUAAACCAGGGGACAGUGUGUGAGAACAAAUCACGAAGUGAAAGAUAUUGCAGAGACUAUGAGGACAGAGGAUUGGAAUUAAUACCUUCUUGUGACUGCGUAGAGGGUGUGCGUUCGUGUAAUGUGCCAAAUGAAGGACCAUUGCACAUAGAGAAGACAGGUCAUUAUAGAACAAAACAGAAAAGCUGGUACAUGAAGAAUACCAGAUCGUCUAGAGUGACAGCUGGGGAUGUUUUGAGCCGUGUUGGCAGUCCGUGCUUAUCCAUUAGUGAUGUUCUAAUGGAAGAGUCUAGUCAUACCUCGUCAUUGUAUGGGAAUGAAGAUGAUGCUGGGAAUUCUGAUCAUCAAGGUUGUGGGACAAGUUGCUGCUGGUCAAGAACCCCACGAUUUAGAGAGCCAAAUUUUCUUCCUGAUGCAGAGGAGCAACCGCUUUUGUCAGGUUAUUCAGGCAAAACACCGGUAAUUGGACACAAAACGGGAUGGAAGCACAAUAACAAAGGAGUUAAUCAAAAUCUUGAAAGUCCUAGGAGUCUCAGUCAAAAAUUUAGACCAAAAUCAUUCAAUGAAUUGGUGGGCCAAAAUGUAGUUUCAAGGUCUCUUCUAAGUGCAAUCUCCAAUGGGCAGAUAACAUCCCUAUUUCUCUUUCAUGGUCCCCGUGGAACUGGAAAAACAUCUGCUUCAAGAAUAUUUGCUGCUGCAUUAAAUUGUCUUUCUUCUGAUUUUGACAAACCAUGUGGGCUGUGCCAAGAAUGUGUUCUAUUCUUCUCUGGAAGGAACAAGGAUGUCAAGGAAGUUGAUUUAGUUAAAAUUAAUAGAAAAGAAAGGAUCAAAUCACUUACUAAGAAUGCAGAGAUCCCUCCAGUUUCCUCACGAUUUAAGGUUUAUAUCAUCGAUGAGUGCCACUUGUUAAAAGGGGAAAGUUGGGCAACUAUAUUGAACACCCUGGAGGAGCUUUCUCAACAUGUUGUUUUCAUUGGGAUUACUCCUGAUCUUGACAAACUACCUCGUAAUGCAGUAUCUAAGUCCCAAAAAUACUAUUUUACAAAGUUAAAAGAAAUUGAUAUAGUCAACAGGUUGGGAAAAUUAUGUGUGGCCGAAGGUUUUGAUUUUGACCAGGAUGCUUUAAAUUUCAUUGCUACUAAAUCAAAAGGUUCACUUCGGGAUGCAGAGAUGAUGCUUGAUCAGCUGAGUUUGGUUGGAAAAAAGAUUACAAUAUCUUUGGUUUAUGAAGUUAUUCGAGUUGUCUCUGAUGAUGAAUUGCUCGAUUUACUUCAUCUCGCAUUGUCAUCUGAUGCAUCAAAUACGGUCAAAAGGGCCAGAGAGUUAAUGAGAUCAAGGAUAGAUCCACUGCAACUUACAUCUCAGUUGGCAAAUCUCAUAAUGGAUAUUCUUGCUGGAAAAUGUCCGGAUGGCAUUUCUGAGGACAGAAGAAAGCUUUUUGGAAGCCAUUCUUCUGAAGCUGACAUUCAGCAACUGAGCCAUGCAUUGAAAAUACUCUCUGAGACUGAGAAACAACUGCGUACAUCAAAGAAUCAAAUAACGUGGCUCACUGCAGCUUUACUACAGUUAAGCUCCCUGGGAUCUUCACCUGAUGCAAAUGAAUCAAGGUUGAGCAUUAGAACCUUAAAUUCACAAGGCGCAGAUUUUUGCAGCACCUCCACAGAUAGUGAGAGUUUGAAGCAUCUCGUUUCCUGUGCACGUGGCAGUAUUGCUUCUCGUAAAACUGGGAUGCAGGAUGGUGAGGAAACACUGGAAUUGAUAUGGAAAAGAGCUACUGGAAUGUGCGAAUCCAACUCUCUCAAGAAGUUUCUUCGAAAACAGGGAAAGUUGAUGUCUAUUCGUCUCAGUCAAGGUGUGGCAGUGGCUGGAUUGGAGUUCAAUAAUCUUGAUCAUGUACAUAAGGCUGAAAGGUCAUGGAAAUUGAUUGCAACUGCACUUCAGCGUGUGUUGGGUUGUAAUGUGGAGCUAAGGAUCAAUCUUGCAUGUAAUGCUUCAGGUAAGAGCGGGAAAUUCAAGAAGCCAUCUUUAAGCUUGUUCAGUUGCUUGCGUAGAGUGCGUCUUAGGUUGCAAUUCUUGUCAGAAUGUAGAAACGAUUCUUCAGAAAACUCAAAUUUCAUCCCUAAAACAGUCAUAACAAGAGAUAAAUAUGUUGAAACUUGUUCCUUUGAGUGCGGGUCCCAAAUGUCGGAGGCACGUUGUCAUGGAAAAGAGGUGGUGAAGACUAUACGAGACCAGGAUGGAAAUGCUCUAAGCAUUGGAGUGAAUACACCCCAUAGAUCAUUUACUGAUGAAAUGGGAGGGAAAACAAAUCAAGUAGGAUUUGAUCGGUUUAAGGACAGAAGCAAAUAUGAAUGUCUGGAUUUAAUUGCCCUUGAGCUUGAGAGCCAACACGGGCCUGUCUCAAGUAUCCGGAACUUAAAUAUGUCAAAUGCUUCUCGGAUGAUUCAUUCUAGCAACCAACAAGAAGGAAAUUUGGCAUUGUCAUUGCCCUGCAAGACAUCUUCUGAAGCUUACUUUUGUUCUAGCAAUCUUCCUGCCACUCGUGUGUCAAUAAACUACAGUAACUCCUACAGAGAUAAUACAUCAAGAGAGAAUUCCAAGUUGCGUUGUUGGAGAACUGCUAUGUUUCCUUUUCGGAAGGCGUGGCAGUUGACACGACGAUCUCGUGGUGAGCUUAUGGUGGAUUGCACUUUACCUUGUGCUGCUGCAAAUUAG